UAUAAUUAAGAAAUUUAAGAUAUUAAAAAGCUUUUUAAGACUUGUAAAAAUAAAUUAAAUUCCAAAUAAAGACUUAAAAAAAUCAUUGAGAGGAAUUAGCUCUUAAAUAGAUAGCUUCAUCUUACAAAGAUAUAUACAUAUUUUAAACAGGCAAAUAAAAUGUAUUAAUUGGAAUUGAGCUAAGUAGCUUCUGAUAAAUAUGUAGGACGGACAAAUUUAAAUUAGAUUUUUGAAUCUCUUCCAUUUAAUUACGAAAUAAGCUACAAGGAUUUGAAGGAUAUGUAAGAAAAAAUGUAGUAUUACAUAUGUAGUCAGAAUCAUAUUGUUUUAAAUAAAGAUAAUCCUCAGAUUUGUUUAAUAGUUGUCUUAAAGGGAAAGUUGCAAGUUAAGCCAGCAUAAAGCACGAAGGUAGGAAGAAUAUAUGAAGCUGGUAGUAGCUUUGGGUUAGUUCAAUUUGCAAGACAAACUGGAGUUGCUAAGACAUUAGUUGCAUUAGAGGAGUCUAUAAUAGCGAAAAUUGAUAUACAGAACUAAGAAUAAGCAAUAUUAGGGCAAAAAAUUAUAGAUCUGAUUCAAAAAUGUGUUUGUGCUUUAAGAGACUUAAGCUUUUUUUCUUUAUUAUCUGAACAAAACAUCUUGAGAAUAAUUGCAAGCUCUAAAAUUUUUAAUUACAUGCAUCAGGAAGAGUUUAAAUGUUCUUUUGAGAAUUACAUGAUAGUACUUUAAGGGAAAUUUUAAAGAAUCUUGUAUUUUGAAGAAGAAACAUUGAAAAUUAGUGAUAAAAAGAGUAAAAUCUCCUUCCCUAAACUGUAAUCAAAUCAAGGAAUUUCAACGUCACAAGAAUAUAAUCACGGGGAUGUGAUCGCAACCAAUCAUUAAUAGGAGAUUUUCAAAUUUAAUAAUGUCAAUUCUGAAAAUGAUUAUCAAGAUUAGUUCGAAUCAAAAUAAUAGCCGCAGAUUGAGAGUUUUAAUAAUUGCUUAUUUUAAUGUAAAAGUGAGAGUGGGAUUUUGCUAUAAAUUCAGAAAACUCUUUUCUCAAAAUUUAUUUAAUUUUAUCAGGGCAUUUAAAAUAACAAACAAAGAAGGUAAAUUAACAUUGGUUAGAUAACAGCUAAUAAUGAUUCAUAAACGCUUUCAAGAGACAGAUAAAUCUAUAAAGCGAAAAACAAUAUGACAGAUACUUCAGCCAAAAAUUUUGUAAAGAGUAUUUUUAUCAAUUAAAAGCCAGAAACUUCAAGUGGAAGGAUUUAAAAUUUUUAAGUUCCUAAAGUGGAUUUUGAUUUAUUCACAAGAAGAUCAAAUGUUUCUCCUGAUUAAAAAUAAGAAUUUUAUGAAUGUUAUUCAAGUAGAAAUGAAUCAGCUAUAAAGAAGUAAAUAUUAAGAAACUUUUCUGAACUAACUUCAAGGAAAAGUAAAAAUCAGCUAUUCGCUCAACCAAACUCUAAUAAUUACAUGAAUAAUGAUCAUUAUAAUUUAUUUUAAAACUUCUCUGACGAUACUGCAAAAGUGUAUAUGAAAUAAAAAUAAUUCUAAAAUUUUAAUCUUGCUCAAAGCACUUAAAGUGAUGAAUUCUAAACUGUCCUUAGAAUGAAUUAAAUUAUGAAAACAGAUAAUGAAUCUGAUUCAAAAGACUACUACUUAAAAGUACAGCAAAACAAUCAAAAUAUUUUGAAGUAGGAAAAUAAUAACAAGGCUUUCACAUACGAAAAAGACCAUUAGAGCGAAUACAACUUUCAUAAUUUACAAUAAAAUUUUCAAAAGGGAAAAAGCUUAAUUUACAAAUCAUUAUAGUCACUCUCAGAAAGAAAGUAAAAUUCCUCAGUAAAUUAACUUCUUUAAUAAAAACCUCUUAACUUCCCUUAAACUCAAUUUUCUCAGUAAAAGUAAUAACUAUAAUAUUAGCAACUCCUUUAAAAAUAGCAGAAAAACGACCCAAAUAAUACAGUAAAAAGCUAAAUGUAAUCUCAAAUAACCUCAUCAAAAUACCUUAAAUGUUAACCUUAUUAGCUAAAUCAAAAUCCAUUUAAUUAAUAAUUUAUUGAUUAGUAAUCUCACGUAAUAUUUCCAUAAAAGUUAAGCUCAGGCUAAACAAUUUAACCUAAAGAUCAAAGUAGAAAAUAAUCUGUCAUUGAUAAUUAAAAAGAUGCCAAUUUACUUACUCUUAAUCCACUGUAAUCUCUAAAUCCUGAAUAAAAAAAACUAUGGGAAUAAAAAAUAAAGGAAAUAAAAAAAUCUAAAGGAAAAAACAACUCGAUUCAGAUAGAAUAAAAUUAAAUUAAUAAUUAAGAGAAUUAAGUUAUUCGUAGCCGAAACUUAUCAAGAUUAAAAACAGAAGAAAAUGAUGAUUCGUUUAAAUUCAUAUAAAAAUCAACAAAUGAUUUAACAAAAGAACAAAUCUUCUCCCUUUACAAUUUAAACGAUCCAAACAAUAUUACUGCAACAUUUACAAAGCUAUAAAAUACUAGUUCGAUGAACAAACUUUAAAUUUAAAAGAUAAAGCAAAAAAUAUAAAAUAAAAUAAUUUCCUAAGACUAACAACAUCAUAAUGAUAAACAUACUUUUAAUUAAAAUAUAUUAAUUGAAGAAAAUCCUGAUCAAUAAGAAACAUAAUAACAAAAUUUAUUUACCUUUUACAAGAAUAAAUCAAAUUCAAGUGGUUAAAACUGA